CUGCGAGCGAAGGAAAAAGGAAAGCUCAUUACCGAGGGAUGCGACACACGCCAGCCGACAGCGAGGAAAGUGAAUUUUAGCCCAGUGAAGUUUAUGUAUUCACUACUAAUGUUAUAUUUCGAGAAGAGGAAACACAAAAGUACAAAAAGUACAGGUUGAGAACCGCGAAGUGACCGGGAAUCAGCAGGAGCUACUGAACAGACCGUUUCAAGAGGCUUUGAAUAAACAAAAAGGAGGCAGGAAAAUGACCUAAUUACAGAAAAGCGUGACGGACAACUUGGUGCUAAUGUGUUGGUGGUAAUUUCCCCAGUUUCACCCGCAAGGAAGACACAUGCAUCAGUGCACAUACAAGUACCACACAUUUACAAACCCUGCCCUUCCCUUCCUGCCAUCUGCCCCAGUCCUCCAUGGAUUCCUACAACUUCCACUUUGAGAGAAUGAGCAACGUGGACCUACAUCCUCUGAGCCUGCCUGUCAGCCGGCUCUCCCCAGCCAAGUCCAACAGCAGCAUCGCCGACCAACUUGCCCAUCACCAACACGGCAAGGGAGACUCUGCCUACAGCUCCUUCUCUGGCGGGUCCACUGCCCCAGACUAUCCCUCUCCUUUUCUACCAGACGACCUACAGUCCAGUUCCUUCAGCCACUAUGCUGAUCUUAAGUAUGUAAAGUCCAUUUACCAUCCGACCCAGGUUCUGCAGUCUGACCCAAAGACCAUGGACCAGCUCUAUCGCUCUGUGGAAGCUAUCUCACAGCAAUACCGCAACAAUACCAGCAUCAAUGUAAACCACCACAACCACAAUGGCAAUGACAGUUUCCAUACUAACAACAAAGCACUCUCAAAAAAAGAGGUGCCUUUGGGGGCUCCAUCCCAAGGUGCUUACCCUCCUGUCCGUCCUCCUCCAGUCCCAGCACGCCUGGAUAGUUUCAUAGCCACAAAAAACUUGGAGAACAGCAGGGUCCACCGCCACGGUACUGAGUUUCAACCCCAGCAACCACAACCUCAGCAACAGCCCAGACCUCACAAUCGACUCCAUCCACAGUCCCAAGGUCUGAAUGCCCCAAGACCUGAGACGGCUAACCCAGAUACAGGCAACUCGAGCUUCAAUUCUGAACCAGUGUACUCAGUUUGGAGGGGCCCUCAACAGCAGCAGCAGCAGGCCCAGCAGCCACCAAGCUACCGCCCCCACCUCCAGCCUCAUGAUCAGACCAGGGUGCCGUUGAACCCAGAAUACCUUUUCAUCACAGAUAACAAAGCUGCUUCCGAGCAGGAGAAGUCAACAAACAUCCUAAGCCGAUCACCUCCCCGAGGCACAAGCCAGUCUGAGCACCUGAAACCCAGACAUCUUUCAAACAGUGAUGCAUGCAAUGGAGACCAUCACAGCAAGCCCAGUGGUAGCAGUAGCCAUUUUGAGAGUCAGCGCAAAAGGGCGCACUCUGCUCACGAUUGGCUUGGUUCAGAGCCGACCCGAGCUGCCAGUCCCUGGAAUGCGGGUCAGAGUUUUAUCAACAGCAGCAUCCAACACAAGGGUCAGUUCUAUUUCGUCACAGGAGUGUGUAAGCCAUCUGAAAGUGGUGUGAGGACACAUUCUGCGUCUGUGUGUGGGUCUGAGGCUGGGAGUGAGAGCUCCUCUGUGUUUGAGACACACCAGCUCAGAGAGAAAGAAAGAUGCCACAGCACAAUGGAUAAUUUGUUUAGACCUCUCCAAGAGAGCUCUCGCACUUCCAGUGGUAUGAUUUCAGAUGAGAGAGAGGUUUUCACCUCCCAUGGCAAGGACCUGUCCUCCAGGAGUCAGGAUCAGGAGAAUCGCAGGCUAUCCCUCAUCUCAACGCAGUCUUCUCGAAGCUUUGAUGCCUUGGAAGAAAUCGACAUGAUGCAGAGUCGAGAGAUUGGCCGCCACACUGCCAACAACCCAAUAUUCUACUGUGGACCUGACAGAAACUGCUCACCACAUUCAACCACGCCAAUGAAGGAGGUCACUUCACUGAUAAGCAACGAACAGCCCAACCACCCUAAGAAAGAGGAGCAGGCAAAGAGAGGGAAAAGGCAGCCCUUGGGGGAUGUAGCCAGUGAGAGGAUAAACAAAGAAACAACCCCGCUUCUGUAUCACCUCACUGGAGCCAGCAGGGCAGCAUUGCAGCCUCAAAAGAACGCUGAUUUCAGUGUAAAAGGCAAGGAAGCAAUCCUAAACAAAGUGGGUCAUGGAGACGUGGCUGUUAACGAUAAUGAGAGACCUCCAAAAAGUGACACCAGCAAGAAUGAUAGAGGGGAAGUUAUCUCCGUUGCUUGUAACACCCUGGAUGACUCAUUUAAAAAGUACUACAAAGAGAAGCUGAAGGAUGCUCAGUCUAAAGUCCUAAGGGAGACAUCAUUUAAAAGGAGGGACCUGCAGCUGUCGUGGCCACACCGUAUCAGGCAAAAACCUGAGCUGAGGCCUACAGUGAUUCACACUUUCUCCUCAUCUCAGGACUCUGAGACCUCCACAGACACACUCACUCCCUCUGUAACAUCUGAAGAAACAGAGAGAGGGAGCAUAAAAGAAGAAGUCAGAGAGAAUCAGAAGGAGAUAGACAAAGAGACUGAGAAGGAAAACGGGAGACCAGCAAAUGUUGCCCAGCCCCAGGUAGCACGCAUUGGAGGCAGGAAGCGAUUGACUCAAGAGCAGAAGAAGAUGUGUUACUCUGAGCCAGAGAAACUCCACCAGCUUGGUGGAGCCCCCAUUCACUCCGCUUGCCGCUCCUUUGGCAAUGAAUGUGACAACCUGUUUGCAGUUGAAUGCGAGGGAGAGGAACGCGUGCAGCAAGGAGAGCAGGGACUGGUUGCAGCACGGAGGAAGAUGUUCGAGACAAGAGGUCGAGCCCUUUCAGCCUCUAGCGCUUCAAAGACGAACUUAAAACAUCUGCAACACAAGGCCCUGGUGGAGUACAUGGAGCGUAAGACGGGCCAGAAAGUGGCUGAGCCACAGCAACCAGUGCCUCAGGUACCACCUGCAUCCAGGCAGAGGCAUUCUCUGGGGGAGAAACCAUUUGACUGGGGACCCAGGCCUCUAUCAGGAAAUCACGAAGGCAAAAACACCAAGAAGAAACUCCACAGACCACACUCUGCAGGCCGCAUCCUUGAUUCCUCCACCAGCUCCAUCAGGUAUGCCCAGUUCUUCUCAGCCCAGUCUUGUUCAGGACAGUAUGCUGGCCAGUCAAGUCAACCCAGAUGGAGGGAGAGCCAAGGUCCUUCUCAGGGGAAGUCUGCCUCAGUGGAGAGUCUCUUGGACCAGCCAGAACCACCUAGUUUCUUCAGGAACAGAUCCACAUCCACACCACAAGCAUUGGAGGGUCUGCAGGCACAUGACUAUGAGAAGGAUCCAUUACCAGUUAAUUCUAUGGAAACCUGGAGUCCCCAGAAAAAAGCCACUGAGGACUCCUUAUUAAAGCCAGCCCCUGAGGGUCAGCAGCGUGUCCGUGUGGUUGCACAGAGGGGGAAGUCCAUGGAAGAGCUCGGGACGUCAAAGUUAACAAGACCGUCCGUCCUGAGUAAAAGUUCUGAGCAGCUGGAUCAGCUGUGGAGGUAUUCGACUGGACCAGGAGAACCAGACAGAGACCAGAGGAGUGUUUUAUUCCUUGCCGAAGUCAGAGAAACCCAGGGGCAGGACAGAGGGAGGAAGAAACAAUAUGUAAUACAGCAAGCGGGACAAGAACCAGAGAUUGUUGGCCAGAAGAACACUCAGGGACAGACACAAAACCAGACCUAUAAGAAGUCUUUGUUGAAGCAGAACUCAGAACCAGCAGAGGAUGUCACAGUAGGAACAAGGAACUCAAGUAGAUCCACCUCCCCAGCCUCCUCCUCCUCCUGCCGGGCCAGGGUUCACUCUGGAUCUCACGGCCCUGUUACAGAUGAGGUCAGGUCCAGCAGACCGCCUAGUGAGACCACAUCUAACCCACCUUCUCCCGAAGGUCUAGAGACCAGUGAGAGGGAGAUCAAAUCCACCUCGUCCACCCCCACCCAGACAAAGCUUCCUUGUGACAGGCCUGGCUUCAGUAAAGUCAGGAGUCCUCCUCCUGUGAGUGGAUCAGAGAGAGAGCAGUCGGUGGACGAACCAAGCAAUGAUGCCGUACCUCCUGAUUCAAUCCAUGAAGUGUCUCUGAGCUGCGGCGUCACCACUGAUCCAUCACUGUGGAUUCUCCCUCCAGAAGAAGAGAUCAAAGAGGAAGUCCAGACCUCACCGCUGACAGACAACGUUUUUGACGACGAGUCCACCAGCUCGGCCCCUCAAACGCAGACAAGUGAACCCUCUGUGUCUCCCUGCACCUCCGUCUCUGACACAGACAUCAGUCAGCAGGUGGAAGAGGAGAAACAUCCAGAAACGGAAGAUGAGAAGCCUGGAGAAAACCAGGAGAUGGAGGAGAGGGGAACACCAGAGGGAGAGACGGAGAGCUCGGAGGGACCUGCGGCGAGACCUCAGUGGGAGGAGCUCGUAGAAGCAGUGGUCAAGGCCGACCAGUCACUGGCCAGAGUGCUUUACCCACUGGCUAAUCGUAAGACGGCACUGAUGCUGAUGGAGCAGCUGCUGUCAGAGGACACGCUGCUGAUGGAGGAGCACUACAAGAAGAAACAAGAGCAGAAAGGAGCUGCAGAAAGCGCUGAAGCGGUCGAAGGGGCUGAACCAUCACUUUGUCCCUGUGCUCCUGACAGCCUUAAACCUCAGUGCACAGACCUGCAGAGCAAAGCCGACGUCGCUGAGAAGAAGCGUCUGUUGGUGUCUUCAAUCGAGACGCGUCUGCAUUCGCUGGAAGAGAUGCGCGGCGCCCUCCAGACAGAGAUACAGGAGAACGUGGCUCACGGGAAGACCCUGGAGGUACUGGUCCGUGAGCGCUGUCAGCCCGUGGAGCUGGAGAGAUACAACUUGUUCAUAGGAGAUUUGGAGAGGGUGGUCAGCCUGCUGCUGUGCCUCUCUGCCCGGCUGGCCAGGGUACAGAACGCCCUGAGCACUGUGGACCAACACACAGAUGCUGAGGAGAAGCAAUCUUUGGACAGUCGCCACCGUCUGCUGUGCAAACAGAGGGAAGACGCCAAAGAUCUGAAGGAUAACCUGGACCGCAGAGAGAACCUGGUCUCCACCUUCCUGUCGCGCCAGCUGUCCGCCGAGCAGCUGCAGGACUACCAGCGCUUCGUCCAGACCAAGGCCUCGCUGCUCAUCCGGCAGAAGGACCUGGAGGAGAAGCAGAGGCUGGGAGAGGAGCAGCUGGAGGCCCUCUCCAACAGCCUGAAUCUUUGAAGGGAGGAGCAACUACUUUUCUUCCUCGACUUGCCUUAAAGGAGGAUGUUCAAAAAGACGUGUAGGGAGUUUUGGCUGUAUGUUUCCGGCCCCCGCUCGCCACACAGACACACGAGGCGUGGAUUAUGAGCGGUUCAGCUGAUAUCUCCAACCCUUUGCACCCUGACAUGACUUUUGAGUUUGACAAGGCUACUGGGGAAGCUGUCAUGCCAUCUUCUCUGCUCUCAUAACUAUAGGCUGUACAUGAGAUGAGCAAUAGAGACUGCUGAGACUGAAGCUCCUGGCCUUUCUGUCAACCACAGAGGAUGGCCAGGAUGCUCACCCACCGGCGUCGCCCGUUGUCAGUCUGCACAAUCUGCAGUGUACAUCCGAAGACUUUGUACAUGUGUCCGUUGACUUUGAACAGAGGACUGAACUGUUUUUCUGUGUGCCUUGAUAUUGGUGUUGCUGUGGAAUGUUUUUCCAUUAGAGCUGCUUGGUGGAAACUUUACGUCCCCCCUGUUAGCAAUUCAGCAGCUGUCCUUCACUUUUUCUUUAAGAAGUUGUUAGUGCUACAGCCCUGUAUCUGCACCUGUGGAAACCUAUUAUAAGCUUUAAGAUUGUAUUUUGACCAGCGAGAAGGCUUCGGUGAAAGAGAGUAGCCUGUAUCAUGUGAGUCAUAUGUAUAAUAGAUGUCGUAGAUUUAAUCUUUUUUUUUUUUUAUGUUUUUAUUUUUAAAUGUUUCAAAUUAAGGCACUAAAAACCAAAAAGGGUGAAUGAAAAAAAAGCACUUUGUAAUGAUACAUAAAUGCACAUUUCUUCAAAUUAGAUUUGUUUUCAAAAUAAUCUCAAGUGAAAAGCCUUACUCCAUCCACUUAAACGACAUUUCUAUUUUACUUCUUUUGUUCGCUCCGUCAUUCGUUUUAAAUAGGAAUGUUGAAAUAAUGUUUUUCACAAGGUACACGGUGCACACCCAGCAACAUUAAGGAUUGUGUACAAAUACUUUUUCCUGCUAAUUUCAUUCUUAAUGUCAUUAAGUCUUGAUGGUUUCAUGCUGGAACGGUUCCUCAUACGGAGGUGCUAAACCUCUUUAAAGCAGAUUAUAAGUAAGCAAUUAUAUCACUGAAUAUUUUCUCCCAAUGUUCCUUUGUCGCAGAAGUGACACGUGAUACUUGAAAUACUUUUUUUUUUUCUUAAAGAGGAAAGUCCACAAUCUUCACUUCAGGUGUCUUAAACUAAUUUUCUGUUCUCUACCUCCACAGCGUAGCCACUUUUAGACACAUGUAGCUCUUCUUGAUAGCCCUGAAUGAAAACUCACGCUUGAAUCAAAUUACUUUUCCCUCAAAUUUUUGUAAACAAUUUCACAUUUAAAAAAAACUGCAUAUGUUUCUGCAUUAAUAUUUGUCAUUAGUUUUUAAUAGUUGUAUUAUUUCUUUUACUGAAUCUUCAACCUGACGCAUCGGAGAGUUUUUUUUAAGAGUGAUGUGAGCAGUCGCUCUACGUCAGUAUGUGAGUGUGUGUAUGCCUGAUAUCAUGAAUGUCUUAAUUAUGUGUGUGUGUGUGUGUGUGUGUAUGUGUAGAGAUUAGUUGUUGAACAGAAAGACAGAACGCCUCUCGGUGUUUGCUGUGUACGUUUUCAACAAAACUCCUACAAAGUCAUAAAGUGAUCAAAAUGUUAUCGUCCCUCAGGAAAUUCUACCUGUUGGCUGUACUGAGAAAAAAAACUGAUCCAGUGUAUGGGUUAACUGUUAGACUGUGUAUAUGAUAUUUAUGUUAUAGUGACCACAAAGAGGCAGCAACCUCUACACGCGAAAAAAAACAUUUAUUCACUUACUGAAAUUGU